AUAUAAGAAUUUCAAGAAUUGUGUGUAAAGUCUUCACCAGAAACCAAAAUCUGGCGUACUAAGCUGGUUUUCCAAAGGAGGGAGAUGAGCAAUUUGAGAGCGAUAUGCAGGCCCAACGUCGUGUUCUCGUCCAUGGCGUGCUGCUACAGGUCGGUGAUCAGGGUUGCGUCCUUGGAAAACCCUAGUGGGAAUUGCAGAGCUGGUUCCCCUUCGUCGACAUCGAUUUUUGCUGUUUGGUUUGACCAAUUGGGUACUCCGGGAAAGUAUGAACCGAGGGUGAGAUUGAAUCAGCAGCGGAGGAUGGUGGCUACUAGGGCUUCCAAUUGGACCGACUCCAAGUCUCCUUAUGAUACUCUCGAAUUGGAUAGAGAUGCAGAUGAAGAACAAAUAAAGGUAGCCUAUAGACGCUUGGCAAAGUUUUAUCAUCCUGACGUUUAUGAUGGUAGAGGGACCUUAGAGGAAGGGGAAACAGCUGAAGCUCGAUUUAUAAAGAUUCAAGCUGCGUAUGAGCUUCUUAUAGAUGAGGAGAAGCGGAGACAAUAUGAUACUGACAACCGUGUGAAUCCAAUUAAGGCAUCUCAAGCAUGGAUGGAGUGGCUAAUGAAGAAGCGGAAAGCAUUCGACCAAAGAGGGGAUAUGGCAAUAGCAUCUUGGGCUGAACAACAGCAGCGUGAGCUGAAUCUUCGUGCACGCCGUCUUGCUCGAUCAAAGAUUGAUCCUGAAGAAGAACGGAAGAUAUUGGCUAAAGAGAAAAAGGCGUCCAUAGAGAACUUCAAUAACACUCUAAGGAGACAUACCCUUGUCCUAAGAAAAAGGGAUUUAAUGCGGAAAAAGGCAGAAGAAGAUAGGAAAAAGAUCAUCGGCCAGCUUCUGGCAGCUGAGGGUCUUGAACUUGAAAAGGAUGAAGAAGAAUUGUAGAUAGUCAUCUUUUAGUUAGCAUUUUUCUAAUAUUUGUUGUAGUGUAUCUCUUGAAAUGCAUAUCGAUAUGUUGCACAAAACCAUGGGGAGUUGUAUAUAUUGUCACGCGACAAUUCUUACAAAAAUCAAUUACUAUUUAACAAAAGUUCUUCAGCAA